CUUUUUGAAGCGUACGCCAUAGCUGGCGUAUGGUAGUUUAUUUUAUUGAUAGUAAAAUCAAAAGCCAUCCAAAAUGGUGAACUUUACAGUGGACGAGAUCCGUACGAUGAUGGACAAGAAGCGAAACAUCCGCAACAUGUCGGUAAUUGCCCACGUCGAUCACGGCAAGUCGACGUUGACAGACUCUCUGGUAUCGAAGGCCGGAAUCAUAGCCGGAGCCCGAGCCGGCGAAACCCGCUUUACCGACACUCGUAAAGAUGAACAAGACCGAUGCAUCACCAUCAAGUCCACAGCUAUUUCUAUGUUCUUUGAACUGGAAGAGAAGGAUUUGGUUUUCAUCACAAAUGCUGACCAACGUGAAAAGAACGAGAAGGGUUUCUUGAUCAACCUUAUCGAUUCCCCUGGACACGUUGACUUUUCAUCUGAAGUGACUGCUGCACUCCGUGUUACUGAUGGUGCUCUGGUUGUAGUGGAUUGUGUAUCUGGUGUGUGUGUACAAACUGAGACUGUGCUGCGUCAGGCUAUUGCUGAGCGCAUCAAGCCUAUCCUAUUCAUGAACAAGAUGGACCGUGCUCUACUCGAGCUGCAGUUGGAGUCUGAGGAACUCUACCAAACCUUCCAGCGUAUUGUUGAAAAUGUGAACGUUAUUAUUGCCACAUACUCUGAUGACAGUGGUCCCAUGGGUGAGGUGCGUGUAGAUCCUAGCAAGGGUUCUGUGGGCUUCGGGUCAGGUCUUCACGGAUGGGCCUUCACCCUCAAGCAGUUCUCAGAGAUGUAUGCAGAUAAAUUCAAGAUCGACCUUGUCAAGCUUAUGAACAGACUUUGGGGAGAGAACUUCUUCAAUGCACAGACCAAGAAAUGGUCGAAACAAAAGGACAAUGAUAACAAGCGUUCCUUCUGCAUGUAUGUGCUGGACCCCAUCUAUAAGGUGUUUGACGCCAUCAUGAAUUUCAAGAAAGAGGAGAUCGACAAUCUGCUAAAGAAGAUCGGCGUUACACUCAAGCACGAGGAUUCAGACAAGGAUGGCAAAGCAUUGCUCAAAGUAGUGAUGCGUACUUGGUUGCCAGCUGGAGAAGCCCUGCUUCAGAUGAUUGCCAUCCAUCUGCCCUCACCUGUAGUAGCCCAGAAGUACCGUAUGGAGAUGUUGUAUGAGGGACCCCACGACGAUGAAGCCGCCAUUGGCAUCAAGAACUGCGACCCCGAAGCGCCCCUGAUGAUGUACGUGAGCAAGAUGGUACCGACCUCUGACAAGGGACGUUUCUACGCGUUUGGACGUGUGUUCUCUGGCAAAGUAGUCACUGGACAGAAGGCGCGCAUCAUGGGACCCAACUUCCAACCUGGCAAGAAAGAGGAUCUGUAUGAGAAGACCAUCCAGCGUACGAUUCUCAUGAUGGGUCGUUAUGUGGAAGCUAUUGAAGACGUGCCCUCUGGUAACAUCUGUGGUCUGGUCGGCGUCGAUCAGUUCCUCGUCAAAACUGGCACCAUCACCACAUUCAAAAAUGCUCACAACAUGAAGGUGAUGAAGUUCAGCGUGUCGCCGGUGGUGCGCGUGGCCGUGGAACCCAAGAACCCCGCGGACCUCCCCAAGCUGGUGGAGGGACUCAAGCGGCUCGCCAAGUCUGACCCUAUGGUGCAGUGCAUUAACGAGGAGUCCGGCGAACACAUCGUGGCCGGCGCCGGGGAGCUGCAUCUGGAGAUCUGCCUCAAGGAUCUGGAAGAGGACCACGCUUGCAUUCCAAUUAAGAAAUCCGACCCUGUGGUGUCGUACCGUGAGACUGUUGCUGAGGAAUCUGAUCAGAUGUGUCUGUCCAAGUCACCUAACAAACACAACAGAUUGUUCAUGAAGGCCCAGCCCAUGCCUGAAGGAUUACCUGAAGAUAUUGAUGAGGGUCGCGUGAACCCGCGCGACGACUUCAAGACUCGCGCUCGUUACCUGACAGAGAAGUACGAGUACGACGUGACCGAAGCGCGUAAGAUCUGGUGCUUCGGCCCCGAGGGCACCGGUCCCAACAUCCUAGUGGACUGCUCCAAGGGUGUGCAGUACCUUAACGAGAUCAAGGACUCUGUCGUGGCCGGCUUCCAGUGGGCUGCCAAGGAGGGCGUCAUGGCUGAGGAGAACUUGCGCGGCGUCAGGUUCAACAUCUACGACGUCACGCUACACACUGACGCCAUUCACAGAGGUGGUGGUCAAAUCAUUCCCACGACUAGGAGAUGUCUAUACGCGUGCUUGCUCACCGCUCAGCCCAGACUUAUGGAGCCUGUAUAUCUAUGUGAAAUUCAGUGUCCGGAGGUGGCGGUAGGUGGCAUCUACGGCGUGUUGAACCGUCGGCGCGGGCACGUGUUCGAGGAAUCGCAGGUGGCGGGCACACCCAUGUUCGUGGUGAAGGCGUACCUGCCCGUAAACGAGUCGUUCGGCUUCACCGCUGACCUGCGCUCCAACACCGGCGGGCAGGCCUUCCCGCAGUGCGUCUUCGACCACUGGCAGAUCCUGCCCGGAGACCCGUGCGAGCCCAGCUCCAAGCCAUACGUCGUCGUACAGGAAACAAGGAAACGAAAAGGACUGAAGGAGGGUCUCCCUGACCUAAAUCAAUAUCUGGACAAGUUGUAAACGCCGUAGCUAAUGCAAUCCAUAAUGUAAUAUAAUAUGUAACAAACGC